AUGCCGUCGACCGUUUGCGUUACCGGUGCUGGUGGCUUCAUAGCCUCGUGGAUAAUCAAAUUGCUCUUGAAGAAGGGAUAUUCCGUCAGGGGCACCGUCCGAAACCCAGGCAAGAGCUCGACUAUAUAUAUAUACAUUGCCACUGAAGUAUGUAGUUCAUUUAAUAGACUUGUGCGUGUGUUCGCAGAUGAUGCGAAGAAUGAUCAUCUGAGAGAGCUUGAAGGAGCAAAGGAGAGACUGAUUCUGUGCAAAGCUGAUCUUCUCGAUUACAAGAGUUUACGCGAAGCCAUUAAUGGGUGUAAUGGGGUUUUCCACACCGCGUGCCCUGUGACCGAUGACCCAGAAACAAUGCUGGAGCCUGCGGUGAACGGGACGAAGAACGUGAUAAUUGCAGCGGCGAAGGCGACGGUCCGGCGUGUGGUGUUCACGUCGUCGAUCGGGACGGUGACGAUGGAUCCCAAUCGGGACCCUGAGACGGUGGUCGACGAGGGCUGCUGGAGUGACCUCGAGUUCUGCAAAUCCACCAAGUAUUUAUCACCUUCAACUGAUCUUGUCUUUUAA